AUGGCUGACAAAAAGCCCAAGGAAGGAGUCAAGACUGAGAACAAUUAUUAUAUUAAUUUGAAAGUGGUGGGGCAGGAUGGUUCUGUGGUGCAGUUUAAGAUUAAGAGGCAUACACCACUUAGCAAACUAAUGAAAGCCUACAUACCUGCACAGUUGGAAAUGGAGGAUGAAGAUACAACUGAUGUGUUCCAACAGCAGACGGGAGGUGUCUACUGAAAAGAGAAGCUGCUUCUUUACUUCAGAACUCUGUUCUUUAAAGACCAAGAUUACAUUCUCAAUUAGAAAACUGCAAUUUGGUUCCACCACAUCCUGGCUACUACAGUAUAGUUUUCUCUAUUCUUUCAUUUUCCCCUUCCCCAUUCCUUUAUUGUACAUAAAGUAACUGGUAUAUGUGUACAAGCAUAUUGCUUUUUUUCUUUUUAACAGCCAAUGGUAUGUUUUGAUUGACAUCAAGUGGAGACGGGAUGGGGAAAAAUACUGAUUCUGUGAAAGUACCCCCUUUCUCCAUUAGUGGCAUGCUCAUUCAGCUCUUAUCUUUAUAUUCCAGUAAAUUAUUUUGCUCUCACUGUUUUAA